AUGUCUUACAACUAUCAAAAAUUCCUCAAGAACAACCACUACUCCAAUGAUCCGGAGAACUCACAGCCACCACCUUUGAGUCAGCCUUAUGUUUCCCACUUUGAGUCCAACCGGCAGCACAAAUGUGGUCUAUAUCAGCUCAAUGACGUUCCGACUCGGUCCCAGGCUCCUUGUACACAUGGUACUCAGGCCAAAUGGGGUGAAGUCCAGCAGCUCCAUCAGCAGGUUACAGACCUAGUGUCCAUGGUCUCUUCUCUGCCUUCCAUCACGAUCAAACCUGACCCUGAUGCACCUAGCGAGGUUGCCACAGGGCCAGAGAACAGCCUCCCCACGCCACCUUCAGUGCCUGCUCUCAUCAGGGGCCACAACACGGUCUCCAGCCUCCAGUUCAACAACAAUCCCAACCUAAAACUCCACCUGGAUGACUACAGCCCCUGUAGCUACAUGUGGACUGUCUCUGACUGGGGUCUCCAUGUUGAUGCACAAACUCUCGCCACCAAAAUGCAAGGUGGCCAUCUGAAGGGGAUUCAGGGCCAGUCGGCGCAAUUGAAGAGCAUCAACAUUUGCAACACGUACUUUGUCAAUAACCUAACUGUGCACUCUAAGAUGAAGGCCACGUGGUUUACCCUUCUCAAGCACCAUCGCAGUGUGCUCCUACCCCAGACCUGGGGUCAGAUGGACAGUGGUACUCUGACUUGGUUUAUUGCAGCUAACUGUCGUGUCUCCCCAGUGCUCUGGUUGUGCAGUGACAAUUGGAAGCUGCUGGAGCUGGGGAAGCACUAUUACUCCAGGUGGCGGGACCAAUAUGCACCUUGGUUAAAGCCGGGGUCAGGCAACAAUGACAAGUCUGUUUGCCUAUCAAAGCAAGGCAACACAAAAAACACCACGGCCAGCUCUUUGAGGCGCACAAGGUCCAGUGAUGCUGCUGAAAACAUCCCUUGCACCUCAAUUGGCUCUGUGCCUGGCCCUUCAAAAUGCACAAGGACCAACUCAAGUGAGAGCGUGGCUACCUCGUCUUCCUCACUAUCACACGACUCUUCAAUGUUGGCAAGCAGCUUUGAUGUCCUGGAAAGUGCAGAUGACGCUCUAGCACUUUCCACUCCACUGGCUGAUGCGCUCGCCAAAUACCCUUCGAGCAAUGUGUUGCCGUUCACCGUGAAAGGGAAGGAGAAAGCCAAGGCAGGCAAGAUCUCUCCCUCUCUCCCAGCUCCCCACCUCAUUGCGACUCCAGCCAAGGCAGUGACCCCGACCCCAACACCCAGCAACACUCCUCAGCCAACUUUGGGGGAAGCACCUGCUCCUGCCUUUGCCCAGCCUCUAACCGAGCAGACAACAUUGACUCCGAUGGCCAGUGGCGCUCCUCAACUGGUCAUCAAGACUGUUGGGGAAUCUAUCCCAAUUGCACCAGAGGGUAAUACACCAGCAAGUGGAUGA